ACAGAUAUUGAUGCCCAGCGUUUACAGGCCAUUCCCAUGCAGAGCUCGCCAUCUCUGCACUAACUGACAUUCCCGGAGAUAUAUGAACCUAGGGAGCUCCCGUGGGACAAAAGGAAGAUUUUGGCAAAAUAAUUUGUGUGGGAUGAUUUUGCUCUGAAUCUGAUUUAUUUGUUAUCAUUAGCUGUUAGGUGGGUUUGGCCUCUUACUCCAGACACUGCUUAUAAGUACGGCUCUUUGUGUAAAUAACACACAGCACAAUGACAAGACGAUAGGAUACGUGAUAUAGUGUUUUGGAAAAUUUAGAGUAAACACUUUCCGUGAUCGGUCGGCUAUAUAAACAAGGCUAGCUACGAGUGUGCGAUACACAGUACCGUUUGUCAGUCUAGGAGAGAGUGGAAAUUAUACGGUUCUUCAUUAAACUUGUGGAAUGCCAAACAGAAGUGGACCAAACACCAGGGUUACGUUUUUCAAAUAUAUGGGCUGCCAUUUGAGAAAAAGUAUUAAUUAAUUACCAAAGGCGAGGAUUUAGCUUGAACAGUGAAAGGGAGUAUCACUAAUAAUCCACGGAAGACAAUUACAGAUACAGAAGACACCAUGGUUAAUACCGGUUCUACUGAGACCAGGUGUCUACAAUGUACGUUGGUGGGAGAUGCAGCCAUCGGAAAAACAUCGCUAAUAAGGACUUACACAGACCGGACAAAUAAUACACCUCCACCUGACACUGUGUUCGACAAUUAUGCAGGUACAUCAACAUAUUCAAAUCAAGAGUUCACGAUUAGCAUAUUUGACUGUUCUAGUAAGCCUGACCAUGCCAGUAUCCGUUUGUUUGCCUAUAAAGACAGUGACGUAUUUGCCCUGUGCUACAGUGUGAUGGACAGAGACUCGUUUGAACAUAUCAAAUCAAAAUGGCUACCGGAAGUGACGAAUAUCAUGGGAAAACGAGUGAACUUUGUGUUAGUUGCCACUCAGAUAGACCUACGAGAAUCAAUAGACCUUGAUCAGGAUAUUCCUGUCAGUAAGACAGAGGGACAUAACAUGGCGGAGGAAAUUGGUGCGUGCAGUUUCAUCGAAUGUUCAUCGUCAAAUCAAGACAAUGUUCAAUGCGUAUUCGAGGAUGUUGUUCAAUGUGUUUUGAAACAGAAGAAGAAAAAGCAUAGUAUUGUUCAAAGAAUUUUUGGAACGAAAUAAGGUUCACUCCAAUAUUUUAAAAGCUACCAAGCUGUGAUGAUUAUAUAGACGACCUAGGCCCAUAUGUUCAAGUUUAGUCAGCUUAACGUCACGCCAGUUUGUUUUGAAUAUCUUUAUUUUGAUGAUUAUUUUUUGAUUUGCAUGAAAGAAGUGCGGCACUUAUCAUUUAAAUGUCUAUACCUACUGUUUUAUUCCGGAAAUUCGUUUUUUUAAAUAUAUUGUUUUUAAUUGUACUUUUUGAAUGAUUAACGAUAAUUAUUUGUCUUUAACCCAACCAAUCUUAAACAACUGCGCAUUUACGAUAAAUGUUAUAAAGAUUCCAGCUUACCUAAGUUUUAUUUGUAUUGUAUGAACUUACGAAGCCUAAAUACAGAGGUGAAAUUUAAUUUAGAUUAUUGAGUGAUCAGAGUUAAGUGUUUGAUGUGUGUGUUUAUAGAGACCUCAUUUUUGCGUCUGCAGGGACUGAUAUGUGUAAGUUAUCUGCUUCAUUUCAACACAACGACGGCGAUUUGUAUGUUAUAUCGCUUUGAAGUGUAUUGCUGCUGAUAGUACAUCCAUUGUCAAAGUAUGUGGUAUUCAUGGAAAAUAUACAAUGUUCAUAUUUGUUAUAUAUUUUUUGACAAAUUAUUUAUUGAAUAAAUGUUUUGUUUGGGAUUGUAUUUCUUAUUUUAAUUUCCCCUUUGUCAUAUUGAUGGAUGAAGAAUUUAAUGAAAUACUAUAAGAAAGGACUCUCUCUCUCUCUCUACUAAUAUUUUACAUUUUGUAAUAAACUAUUCAAUGCUAAACCAAAUUUAAUCUUCCUAAAGAGAAUUUCAUUUCAUAUAUAUCAUUUCGUCUCUAUUCUGUACGAUUUUAGUUUUUUUAAUAAUGGAAAUACAUCUUUCUGAGAUAGUGCGGUGAAAUAAACAUGAAAAAUCUCUUUGAUGAAAUAAAAGUG